AUGUCGUCCGCCAUCGACCAAGGCGACGAACAAGGCUCCUCUGCACAAAACUCGCCGCCCUCUUCCCCGCACAGCCCUGCCAUCUCCGACAGCUUCAUCGCCAUCGGCAGCCCUGCUUUCCUGCCUCUUGUGCACGGUAUCCCAUCCGGCAACGCCACCGCGCCUGCUACUACCCCGUCUGUAGCGGCAGCAGCCCCGCCGUCCUCGCCCAUCUCGCCAACCGCCUCGGACUCAGACUCGCGUACGCCGUCGUCGACCUGCAACCUCGACGACGUGACGAAUCUGUCGGACAUCUCCUCGCUCGACCAUGAGGACCUCUCGCUCGCCGAAUACGACCUGCUCCCCGAGGCGUUGGCGUUCAAUCGCCGUUCAUCCACACGCUCGCACGACGGCACAACCGCCACACCACCUACCGUUAUUCACUCGGCUAGCACGCCAGACUCAAUCCUCGGCGCCCUCGACAGCGGUGAUCGCAGCGGCAGUAGCGGGUUUGGCGCACGCCUCCAGGCCCAGGGCCCGCUCGCAGCAGAUGACAAGGACGGCACCCCAGAGCACAACAGCGUUAUCCUCUCCUCCACUGGCAGCUCGUUUGCAACGCUCACGUGCAGGCGCAGCACCGACGGCACGGCGGCGGACAGCAGCGCCAGCCUGGAGAGCAACCUGGCGUUUCCGCGCCACGACCACGGCGACUUUUUCAUGAACGCGGCGCACUACACGACGCUCGACUCGUCUGCUGCGCGCUCCGCCUCCCCUUCCUCGUCCUCCUCCUCCUCCUCCUCCGCGCACCAAGAAGCGCAGCGGCAGCAGCAGCAGGCUUCUCUGUCCGAGUUCUGGCUCGCCUCGCAACGUGCGGGUGCUGCGCGUCCACUACGCGCCGAUCAUGAGCACGAGGACGACUUUGCCCGCCGGAUCGGCCUGCGCAACCAGUGGAGCCAGCAGGCAAGCAGCAGCUGCGCCGCCGAGCAGAGCACUAGCAGCGACGACGACGACGACGACUACAACGAAAAGCUGAGCCCGUCAUCGUCCCAAGCGCAGCAGCCCUUUCGCACCACCCCCGCCGAUAUCACAGCCGACGUGGGAAGAGAAAGGCCCGCAGGCACCCGCGCCCUCCCUACGGCGCAAGGUCUAAAGUUCUACACUGCUGUGGAAGCGGGCGUAGCUGGCGCGAGCAUCCGCCUACCGCUGCGCGUGAGCGUCCUCGUGCUCGUCGAGCAAGGAACGGACCAGGCUGGCGUAGCCACGGUCGUGCAAGCGACCGUCAGGGCCAUCCAGGAGUCGCUGCUAGCAGCGGGCAUUGACCGCAAAGUGAGCGCGCUGUGCCCUCAUACUGCGCUGCCUGCAAGCAACUUCCCGCGGAUAGACUAUGCACUGACAUCCACACCCGUUUCCUCCGCGCAGUUAGCGGUGUACAUGUACCAGUACGGCAGCGAAAGCGAACAGGAUGUCCCGCGCACGACGCAGUUGCUCUCACAGCAGGCGCGCCACAGCGCCUUCAUCCUCUGCCCCGUCUCCCGCCAUGGCACCUCCGCCUCGCUCGCACCGACCCUAGCCAAGCUGCUCUCGCCGCCCGGCACAGUCGCCGACGCCGAGACAUGUGCCAGGCCGUUCCUUCUGCCCGUGCUGCUGCCCAAUGCCAAUGUCGACGCUAGCGCAAACGCGCCGCCCAGAAGCACCCCCAGCACCGCAACAAGCAGUACAGCAUUUAGCCUCCCGUCGCACGCGACCGAGCACACCCGCGCGACCAGAGACAUGCUUCGCUACCUCGAGACGCGCAACGUCGACCGCAGCUGGACGAGCGUCGUGCGUGCGCUCGCGCAGCUGCUCCCUGCCGCCGCCGCCAAUGAUGAUGAUGAUGGUGGUGGUGAUGAUGGUGAUGGUGAUGGUGAUGGUGGUGAUUGCAAAGUGCGGAGCGCCGCAGCUGUCCGCGCGCACGCACACCUCCUCCCACCGACAGCCACAGACCUCACGGAGAAGGUGCUGCCGCUGAAGGGCCUGCACCUCGCUCUGCAGGUCGCGCACCGUGGCGAUCCCGCGUGGGCCGCCGCGUACGCCGCUCGCGACAGCGGCGCGCCGCGUAGUUCCACGCCCGAUCUGGAGCGACAGCUCAAUGGGGGCAAGCCAGAUCCACCCGCCGCCGUCGCUGCCACCGCUGCAGGGAGCGCUGCCGCGCGCAGCAAAGCACGCUCGGCCCUCGUCAGCACGUCGCAGCUUGGCGCUCUGCUGCUGCUCAGCUACUCCCUGGCGCUCCUCAUGUCCAGCGGUCCGCUCGCGUUCCUCCAUCCCGAAGCGCUUGCGCAGCGCUGGCUCGGCACAUCACUUCUGUCUUCUUCGCUUUCUAUCCCUCUUACGCUCUCGCCUGCCUCCUUAUCGUCGUCAUCGUUGCCCUCUCCGGGAGGCUCCGCUUCCGCGCCGAUCACGUCUGUGCUGGAAUUGGACAUGACCAGCAUCCUACCACUGUCGCUCGCCGAAGUUGCGAGCAAGGCGGCGCCGCCGCGUGAAGUUGCCGUCCGCGUGAUGGAGCGCAGCCUCGUGCGCCACAGGGAUGCGCACGCUCUCAAGCACGCGGACGCCGAUGUCGACGUUGAACCGGACUCUGCUCCUCGCCAUCGCAAGCGGGCAAAGCGGAAUAUUUCGUGCACGGCGAGGAGCUCGCACAGCGUUCGGACGGUCAUGAGCGCGCCUUUGCACGAAGCGAGCAACGAUGAUGCGGCCAUUCAAAAGCUGACUGCUCUCCUUGGCUUGGUUCGAAACGGGGAGGAUAAGGUCUUGGGCAAGGUUCGCUAUACCAAGGAAGUCGCGAUCGCAACAGCAGCUGGCACACUGUCGGACACACGGCCUGACUUGCUCGCAUACGCAACGCCCAUGCUACAUGAUAUCGUCUCCGCUCUCAGCGCAUGGCAAGAGCAUCUGCACCAAGCAGCGCGGGUCCUUUACGCCGACCUGGAGAUCUUCACGGGUCAACUGGCAUCUGUCUAUCGUGCGCAAGCAGAGGCUGCUGCCACGUUUGCGCACAAUGUCAGAAAGCUAUGUGACCAAUGGUGGACAGACUACAAGGCGAGUGAGGCAGAGCGCGAGGCGUGGCUGGCGGAUAUCGCUGUAAGCCUAAGCCAGAACUUAGAUACCGCGCUGGAGGCUGCUUCCGACGGCACGAAAAUCGUCCAAGCCGCGGCGAAGAAGCUGGCGGAGGAGGGCAAAGUCAAAUGGAAGGAAAGCGAGAGCCAACGCGAGUACGCCAAGGAGCAGGCCCUCGAACAUCUCGCCAAGCUGCAGGAAGCCGGCGAUGCUCUUGGAAAGGAGGCCUCCAGGGCCGCCGUGCAGGGCGCGAAGCGCGCCAAGGGAUGGUCCGAAGCCUUCGCCAUGCGCGCCAAGGAACGGUGGGCCGAAUCGCUGUUCGAGGCGUCGGAAGCAGCCGCAAGAGCAAAAGAGCGGAUGCAGCCGCUCGUCGCUGACGCGUCUGUCGGCGCUCGCGCGGUGCUGCUAGAGUUGAAGCAGGCUACGUACACGACUUUCACAUCGUCCUCGCAGGAGCAGCAGCGGUCGAAGCGAAUGUUGCCCAACAUAGCUUCGUUCAAAGCGCACCUCCGUUCACGACGCAUUUCGAAGGGGGCGAUGCCGCGCAAUCUGUUUGAGAGCCCCAGCAAGAAGAAAGCCGAGAAGCAGCGAAAGGCCAAAAGCAAAUCCCGGGGCCUCAAGUCCUGGCGUUGA